AUGGGUAGGGGCAACCCGAAUUAUCUGAAUGCUUUGCUUCCUAGAAAAGCUUCUAAAGAUAUGGUUAUGAUACUCGUACCAAGAACGAACACACGUGGUUGGGGAGAAAAUCCUCAGGCCAGCGAGCAAACUAUAGUUAAGGAACUCGGCAAAUUAGCCCCAGACCACAUCGACGGAAGUGUUUGGCACCUCGAUGUCGACUCAUCGCAUCCUGGAGGGGCAGAACCUUCCAAGGGUUGGGCUGUUCGCCCAUUAAAGCGUACGAGAGGACCAGAGUGGACUGACCAAUGGUGUACCAGUUGUCUUAUCAAAGGCACGGCUGGCCAGCUAUCAGGCAAAUCUACUCUGGCAAAAGCGAUUCAAGAAUUAAGCGAAGAAAAGUUUUUGUACGUAGGAAUUGACACUCUUUUUGGUGCUCUGCCAAGAAAAAUUGUUGGUUCCGACCAAAAAGCCGAAGCAGGAUUUCGCUAUGUGAUUGACCCUAAAACAGAAAAUUUAAUUGAAAUGAAAGAGGAGCUGGGUGGUAAUUCGGAGAAGUUUGUGCCUGUUGGGACCUUAGCCAGAAUUAAUUUGGAUAUCUCGGCAGAGGCCAACUUAGAGCCAAUUAUCAAUUCUCUCAAAGAAAUCCAAUUGCGGGAAUUGGACGAAAGGGCAUUAGACGAACUAACUGAGAAAUUUGUUCGUCAUCUCCCGGACAUUCUAGAAAAGUCUAAAUUGAGUUCGGUUGAGAAAUUACCUUACAUGACGAUGAUGCGGGGAAAUGAACGACUGGAAAUUUUAAUCAACAUACCCGAUCGGCAAAAGAUUGACAAGGAGGCGAUUGAAAGAAAAUUGCGAAAGAAGGGAACUUAUGGCAGCAAUGAGAUGCGGAAGCAUUUGGAAAAAUUAGAAAAAGGAAAUUAUCCUGACAAUGUGAAAAAGGUAAUUCAGGAAGAAAUAGAACGCUACGAAAUGAUGCCGGGUAAUUCCAGCGAAGCCAAUAUUAUCAAGCAAUACGUGGACUGGUUAGUGAAUCUGCCAUGGUACCAAAAAACCGAAGAAAUUAGUGAUUUAGAAUUUGCUCGUCGGAAAUUGAAUGAGAAGCAUUAUGGGUUGUCAGAAAUAAAAGAAAAAAUCAUUGAAUAUUUAGCUGCUCAGCAAAAAGCAAAUAAAUCCUUAGGACAAGUUAUUUGCUUGGCAGGACCGCCGGGAGUAGGAAAAACUUCCCUGGCAGCUUCUAUUGCCGAAGCAACUGGACGGAAAUUUAUUAGCAUUUCAGUGGGUGGUGUUCGGGAUGUAGCCGAAGUUCAAGGACACCGUCGCACUUAUAUUGGAGCAAUGCCAGGACGAAUUAUCCAGGCUAUGAAAAAAGCCCAAGUAAUUAACCCUUGUUUUUUAAUUGAUGAAGUUGAUAAGUUUUCUUCUGAUUAUCGUGGUGAUCCGGCUUAUGCCUUAUUAGAGGCUCUUGACCCCAACCAAAACAAAAAGUUUAUUGAUAAUUACUUAGGAGAAGAGGUUCCUUAUAAUCUCUCGGAAGUAAUGUUUAUUUGUACGGCUAAUGACGAACGAGAAAUACCAUUACCUUUGCUAGAUAGGAUGGAAGUGAUUCGACUUUCUUCCUACACGGAAAUUGAAAAGUUUCAUAUUGUCAAGGAAUACAUAAUUCCCGAAAGUUUAAAAAAGCAUAAUUUAAACGCCGGAGAAAUAGUUUUUGAAGAUCAGGCUAUUCGGGACAUAAUAAAACAUUACACACGCGAAGCGGGUGUGCGGGAAUUGAACCGGAAAAUCCAAACAAUUGUUCGCAAAUUUAUAGUGCAACUUCUACAAAAUCGAGUAGACAAAGCAGUUAUUACUCCUGAUAAUUUAAUGAAAGACUAUUUAAAAAAGAAAGAUUAUGAGUUUACUUCCAAAAUAAAA